UUUGACAAGGAACCUCUUCGAGGAAGGAGGUUUGGCUCCUGAGCAGCCAUCGCCACUUACUUAAUUAUACUACACUUAACGGACAAGAAAUGGCAAAAGCCAUCUUUCUGGUAGCAUCCCUUCUAGUUUUGGGAAAUGUCUUCUUCAUCCAUGCCUCACUUUCCCCUAGCUUCAUUGUUGACAUGGCAAAGAUUGUUAUGGACAAUUACUGCUCACCGGAGAAGCUGAACGGGAUGAAGGAGGCAAUCGAAGCGGCCAGCACCAACACAGAGAUCCUCAACAUCCCAGAUGCCGAAUCAUUGGCUAAUGUCCUCAGCUCUGGAGUCCAGACCACAGUCAGUGACCCACGUCUGAGAGUCUCCUAUGAGCCAAGCUAUGCCCCAGUGGUUCCCCCGAAGAUGCCUCCCUUGCCCCCAGAGCAGCUUAUUGCCGUUCUUCAGACCUCCAUCAAGCUCGACAUCCUGGAGGACAACACCGGCUACCUGAGGAUUGACCACAUUCUUGGAGAGGAGGCUGCUGACAAAGUUGGACCAUUGCUUGUGGAUUUGGUCUGGAAUAAAAUCCUGCCAACUUCUGCUCUGAUCUUCGACCUGCGCUACACCCUUGGUGGAGACAUGUCCGGAAUCUCCUAUAUUGUGUCUUACUUCACCGAGGCUGAGCCUGUGAUCCACAUUGACAGUGUAUAUGACCGUCCAUCAAACACCACCACUAAGAUCUUUUCUAUGUCCACACUGCUGGGGGACAGAUACGGCACUACCAAACCCCUCAUUAUCCUUACCAGCAAAAACACCAAGGGCAUUGCCGAGGAUGUGGCCUACUGCCUCCAGAACCUGAAGAGGGCCACCGUUGUUGGCGAGAAGACCGCCGGGGGCUCAGUGAAAGUCGACAAAAUCAAAGUGGGCGACACUGACUUUUAUAUUACCGUGCCAACUGCCAAGUCCAUCAAUCCCAUCACUGGCUCCACCUGGGAAGUUACUGGUGUGAAGCCCAAUGUGGAGGUCAGUGCCGAGGAUGCUCUUGCUACUGCCAUCAAGAUUGUCAAACUCCGCGCCCAAGUUCCAGCCAUCAUUGAGGAAUCAGCCUCCCUGAUCGCUGACAACUAUGCCUUUGAGGAUAUCGGAGAUAGUGUAGCAGAAAAACUGAAGGAGCUCCUGGCAAACGGCGAGUACAGCAUGGUUACAUCAAGGGAGAGUCUGGAGGCAAAGCUGUCCACCGACCUGAAGACUCUUUCUGGGGACAAAAACCUGAAGACCACCACAAACACCCCAUCCCUACCAUCUAUGAUUUACCCCCCUGAGGUUUACGUUGAUCUGAUCAAAGUCUCAUUCCACACUGACCUAUUUGAGAACAACAUUGGCUUCCUGCGUUUUGAUAUGUUUGGAGACUUUGAGGAGGUCAAAGCCAUCGCACAAAUCAUUGUUGAGCAUGUCUGGAACAAGGUUGUCAACACUGAUGCCAUGAUCAUUGACCUCAGGAACAACCUUGGUGGCCCAACGACAGCCAUCGCAGGCUUCUGCUCGUACUUCUUUGAUGCCGACAAACAGAUUGUGCUGGACAAGCUGUACGACAGACCGUCCGGCACCACCACGGAGCUCCGCACCUUAUCUGAACUCACUGGCACAAGGUACGGCUCUAAGAAGAGCCUGAUCAUCUUGACCAGCGGGGCUACUGCCGGCGCCGCCGAGGAGUUUGUUUACAUCAUGAAGAGGCUCGGCCGGGCUAUGAUCAUCGGUGAGACGACCGCCGGAACCUCCCACCCGCCCAAGACCUUCCAUGUUGGCGAGACAGACGUCUUCCUCAGCAUCCCCACUGUCCACUCUGACACUGCUGCCGGACCAGCAUGGGAGGGAGCUGGCAUUGCACCUCACAUACCCGUCCAGGCUGACGCUGCCCUCGAAACCGCCAAGGGUAUCUUAAACAAGCACUUAGCAGGCCAGAAUUAAAACCACACCCUGAACUGGGAUUUCAAUGGUCAGUUUUUUGCUUUGGCAGCCAAAUGGUUUCAGGAUUUAGACUCUAGACUUGUUUAAGAAGCAAAGAAUGUAGGUUCUGUGUACUAAGUGUAAUCUCUUAUUUGUUUUCUGAAGUACAUAAACCUUUUAGCUUGUUAGUAAUGUCGCAAUGUCUGUUACUCUGGCUGUCGAAACUUUCCAGAAUGAAAACACAAUUUUUUUAAAAGUAAUGACAAAAAAAAAAGAGAAGAAACAAGUUCAGUAAACAAGUUUGAUUCCAUUAUGCAACACCCUGAUUGUCCUUAUAUGGUUAUUGUUGUAUCUCCAUAAUUCAGUGAACGUCAUGCCAGGUGGACUGACGGACUUGAGUUGUAAAUGUUCCAGUGCUGAGACGCAAUAAAAACAAUACAAAAA